UCCCUCCACGCGCCUCAUCUACCCGAGAGAAAAACCAAAGCCAGCACACGCAUCACGCACAAACCUCUCGCGCUCUCGCGUCGCGUGCCUCCUGUCUGCCAUGUGGGCAUCGCCGGGGAGGCUGCCGGCGACGAUGGCGGAGGAGGGAGGGGACGACGGGGAGGCGGACGUGGACGCGUCGUCGUACGGGCGACGGACGACGACGGCGCGCGGCGGGGGAGCGGCGGCGAUGGCGUCGUCGUGCUGGGGCCGGCUCGGGCUCGCGGCGCUGUGGCACAGGCUGCGUCAGCUCAGCGUGGCGCGGCGGAGGCGGCGGCACGGCGGAGGCGGCGGCGGCCGCUCCAUCCUCGGCGCCGGGGGGCUCAACUACGACCCGCUCAGCUACGCGCAGAACUUCGACGACGGCUGCCUCGAGCCGGACUUCACGGUCACCGCCAGGUUCGCGCCACCGCGCAGCGCCGGCUCGCCGAGGCUCCCGCCCGCAGCGCCGGCGGCGGCCUCGGCAUGACGAGUCGUGGCAUGUGUGGAGAAAUUUGGCGCAACAGAAGCUGAUUGGGGAGCUGGAUACGGUUCAAACAUUACUGCGUGCCAGCAUUCACUCGAGGUCCAAGGGGAUGCGGCAAGUUCCAGGACAGUGGAAGGCGCGGUUCAGGCUUAAUCUAGUUUCUCUUUCUCUUAGUGCAUUCAGAUGCAAUCUCUCUGGCUUGUCUGGCUGUGCCAGCAGCAUUUGCUCUUCUCUCGAACUGGCUUACCCAGUUUUUGUUUUUCUUCAUUUUGCUGUAUGAACCUCGUAUGCUUUUUAUGAAAAGCUGGGCCGAGCGCCAUCGUCUAAAAGAAAAUUUAACUUGUUUAGUUCA